AUGCAGAGAUCCAGAAAGUUUAGAAAAACAUAUCAUGACUGGCCGAGUGGAGGGCUGCAAUACUCGCUGGACGGAACAAAUAAAUGCCCUUACAUGUCUUACCAUCAUCCAGGCGCAGAAGUCGAAGACAGGAUAAUCCUCGCUGCUCUGGUAGCUGUGGCGGCAUGUUACGAGCAUGGUCAUGCACCAGCAUACUCCUCGCAGCAUAUUUCGAGACACGACGGCCCAGCUGAAGUGGUUCAUGUAAAGGGAUACGAUCACGGCAAGGGGCGUUAUGACACGGUUGACUACCACGCAUACCCAAAAUAUGCGUUCGACUACAAAGUAGAAGACCACCACACAGGAGAUAUCAAGUCCCAGCACGAGGUUCGUGAUGGAGAUGUUGUGAAGGGAGUGUAUGCUCUGCACCAGCCCGAUGGCUCUGAGAGAGUCGUACACUACCACGGAGACAAACACACUGGUUUCCACGCUGAUGUGAAGUAUGGCACUCAUCAUAUUGUACCAAAACAACACGACGGACAUUACUAA